AUGAGUGAUCAGUUCAACCAAGCCAAGAAAAAUGUGUCCAAGUUGACGCAAGAUCCGGGAAAUGAUGUUCAACUAAAAAUGUAUUCACUAUAUAAACAGGUAAUGUGAGGUGUUUAAUAGAGGAAGGUUAGGAUGGAGAGUGAAGUAAUAAAGGGUACACCCACAGGCUACAACUUUUGGGUCUAAUGGGCUAUUCCAUUUAAUAUCCGUACACCCCCUGUCGAGGAUACAUGUUUUUUAUGGUUAUACCCCUGAAGAAUUCCAAGCUCAAAACCUUUUACCCCUGAAGAAUUCCAAAAUUCCAAGCUCAAAACCCUUUACCCCUGAAGAAUUCCAAGCUCAAAACCUUUUACCCCUGAAGAAUUCCAAAAUUCCAAGCUCAAACCCCUUUACCCCUGAAGAAUUCCAAGCUCAAAACCUUUUACCCCAGAAGAAUUCCAAGCUCAAAACCCUUUACCCCUGAAGAAUUCCAAGCUCAAAACCCUUUACCCCUGAAAAAUUCCAAGCUCAAAACCUUUUACCCCUGAAGAAUUACAAGCUGAAAACCCUUUACCCCUGAAGAAUUCCAAGCUCUGAAAAAUUUCAAAUCAAACCUCCUUACCCCUGAAGAAUUCCAAGCUCAAAACCCUUUACCCCUGAAGAAUUCCAAACUCAAAACCCUUUACCCCUGAAGAAUUCCAACCUCAAAACACUUUACCCCUGAAGAAUUCCAAGCUCAAAACACUUUACCCCUGAAGGAUUCCAAGCUCAAAACCCUUUACCCCUGAAGAAUUCCAGGGAUCCUCGACAGGGGGGGUACGGAUAUUAAAUGGAAUAGCCCAAUGUGAGAGUGGGAUAAGGGGUAUUAAAUGAUAGCUUGAAAGCCCACAGGGAGGUGGUAUGCACUUGCCCAACCAAUAUCAUAUGGGCUCACAGUUUUGAUGUUUCCCACAUGUUUACUGGUGCAUUUUUGAAAUGGGUUCCAAGAAAUAUCUAUAUGCCCCCAUGGUGAAAAUGUCUGCUGUCUGAAGGGGAGGGGAGAGAAAUUGUUUCUAAAAAUAGUAUAUCUGGAUAUCUGGAGGGGGUGGGAUUAACCUCCAAUUUCUCCCAUGGGGGAAGUAUAGGUGUUUUCUGGAAUGCAGACCUGCUAUUUCAAUAUAUGCUGUGAAGAAAUGCAGUACCCUAAAGCAUAGGCGUUAGAGACAGCAGGCAACUGCCAACUUUGAAAAACCAUGGAAUGCUUGGAAAUUGACGCUCCGGUUAUUUCAUUAUAAUUCUGCAUAAAAAUUCGGGCAAACUUUAACUGCUCCCCCCUUCCCCGGAAAGGAUCAGCCCCACAUGCCUAUGCCCUAAAGCAUGGAGGUUCAGAAAAGUAAAGUGGUGGCAGAUAAUUUGGUGGGGUGUGGUACGGUACCAGACAUCCCAUAUGCAACUAAAAUAGAUUGAGUACUGGACCCAGAUAGGCCUUGUAUCCCAAGGUUGUUGCCAUUACAUUUAUAGGGUUCUGUUGGACCAUGUAAGGCUGCAAAACCUGGUGCUCUGGAUUGUUGGAAAGGCAAAGUGGAAUGCAUGGAAUGAGAUUUUUACAUUUGAAAGAAUUAACCCAUUAAGUGGCAGCACUCUACCCUUGACAGAGUAAAAUAAUCCAGCAUUAGACAGUAAACAAAAACACAAACAUUACUUGAUACAAUGGAAGUCACUUCCAAUAUUUAUUUACUUCCAUUGUAUCAAGUAAUGUUUGUGUUGUUUUUUUUGUGUGUGUGUUUUUGUAUUACCCAAUGUCUGUACAUUAUUUAAGUAUUGAUUUAUUUUGUGGCAAAUAAAGAAUCUAAAAUAAUAAAGUGGGGUGCAUGACUACUAAAAGGGUUAACAUGAACAAUGCAUAAUGCAUUGAUAGAUAGUCUGGGUAACGUUCCAAUGAGAUUGUCUGCCAUUACACAGAGUAAAAUAGUGAAGUAGGGCACACCAGGAGCACUGCGACUGGAAGGGUUAACACAACCAGCAUUAGACAAACUAAUAUAAUAUAAUUAUGCCCGGUGCAUAAUAGGGCACAUUGCAACCUGAUGGUUAACAAUGUCACUUGUCCUUUGACGACAUUUUCCCUUGACUAGUAAAAUCUCCAGAUGUCACUUAAACAAGUAAAUAUGGUACAAACUAGAGUGCAUUGUAGCAGGUUACUGUUACUUUAUGUUUGUCAAAAUAGUUUUAAAUAGUCACCAACAAUCAUUGUUAACUUUACUUUUCAUAGGAAGAUGUUCAAUACAGUAUAUAAAACUUGGGGAGUCUUUGCUGUGUAAAAUUUGUAUCCAAAAUAUAUUCUGAUACCCUGCACAUUUUCUAUAAAUUACAGACCAGAUCACUUGCAACACUGCUUAAUUUAAGUAAAAUGAAUGCAUUCCCUGAGCAAAUUACGUUCACAACCCAAGAAUUUAAAUUUGAAACUUCAGUUCAGUGUCUCCAACAUCAGGGCUGAUCUAAAGUCGCAACAUGGCUCCCGAUGGUUGCAGAAACAAGGGCAUACCAACUCGGUACACCACUGCACAGAGGUGCAAAGGUAAAGUUCCAAGAAAUAUUUCUUUGUUAACUUCAGGUACUAGCUCAAGAAUUACCCAAUAACAAAGUCAAGGAGGGCCAUACCUCUGAUUCUGGUGAUUUUGAGUACAUAUUGGUCACACAAGAUGGUGGACUAAAAACAGUAACACUCAACAGACCCACAAAAUACAAUGCAAUAAACUCCAAGGUUAAUAAUUACUUAAUCGUUUAAAUUCCAUUGUUGUUGUUGUUGUUGUUGUUGUUGUUGUUGUUGUUGUUGUUGCAUGUUGUUAUUGUUGCUGUUCGACCAAUUCUAUAAACAAUUGUUUAAGGUCAAGAUCAGAGGUUUAUAUAAUUAAUACAAUGUUACUAAUAAUUAUAGAACAAAUGGCAGAAUUGUCGAACUUUGAAUCACUAUAUCUUUUCAGUGAAUGGUGGUACUUCGAACAGACUUCAGUUUUAAGAUUCCCACAGCAUGUUCUUCCAAAUAAAUACACAAGAUUCUGAUUACCAUUUACUUGUAGCUAAUUUUUAAACUUUUGACGCCAAGUUUGUGACGUCAUUUCCCCCCGCCAAAAAUGUAAAAUUCAAAAAAAAAACCCAAAAAACAAUGUUCAAGGCUUCAAGCAUAGACAAGCAACAUUUGUAUAUAUAUUUGAUGGAGUUUUUUGUAUAUAAAUUAAACAAAACCCUGAUAACAACACAAGUACAUGCUAUGUUUGUUUAUCAUCAGUUCAGGGAGACAUUCAACCUUCUCACAGAAUAGAUAAUACCUCGUUCCCAUGAGGCUUGUCAAGAUAUGAUGGUCUGUUUAAUGUUGAAUUGUACCUCACCGUACGCAAAUCCUUAAUGUCUCAACUUCAUUAAAUAUUACCCAUAUGCAACUUUCAUCUCUGUCAGUGUGUAAUCGAGUAAUCGUCCAAUAGGGGUAGAAAAUACAACGAGUUAAAUGCCUUAAAUCACCGGUGACCGUGCAUUAAAACAUAUUACACAAUGACUUCUGUGUAGUUUCCAGUGACCAUCAUGGGAUGGAAGUGAAUAGGGAUAUACAAAUCCGCCGAUCCGACCAAAUUUGAAGCAAAAUCCGCGAUCCGCAAUGGUCUUGUCUAGUGAUUUGAAUCCGCUAAAAGCUCUACUAUGAAGUCACAAUCCAGGAUCCGAACUAAAUUGCAAGCUAAAUACACAAUCCGAGCCAAAAUAUUAGAUAAAUCCGCAAUCCGCUGUAUUAAUAAGAUCCGCAAAUCCGUGUAAAAUAUUCACCAGAUCCAAAAUCCGAACAAUUUUUUCUGUGAAAUCAGACGAUCCGAAAACCUGUUCACCAUCAUGAUAGACUAUGCUUUAAUAUCUUUCAGAUGUGCUUCAUGUGUCUAAUUUUGAGGCCCGGUAGUUCUUUGGGGGUGUGCGUCGUCUUUUGUAGUUGUAAAUUGUGGAGAAUACGAACAUUUUUGGACAAAUUUUCUUUUAGAUGUAUCGAGAAUUAAUUACAGCCCUUAAACAAGCCGGUCAAGAUGACUCCGUUGUGACGUUGAUUACUGGUGCUGGGCAAUAUUUCUGCAGUGGAAACGAUCUUACUUCUUCCUUAAAUAUCCCUCCUGAGGAACGGGAAAAAUUGGCUCUUAAAAGAAAUGAACUAAUGAGGUUGGGAAAUCAAGUUCUACCCGAGGCGUAGCCACGGGAGGGAUGGGGGUCUGGACCCCCCAACAAUUUUCUUCAGGACCCGAAUUUUGCAAAUCUUUGAAACCGGAGAAAUUUUUUUUUUAGGGGGGGGGGGGCAUAGCACGAUAAUAGCUCCUCCAUUAAAAGAGGCUCUGGUUUGAUGGAGGUUGACAGGGACGCCGAGAGGGGAGGAGGAAUUGCCCCGGGCCCCCAACCUUAAUAGGGCCCCAACUUGAGAGCGAGAGCCUAAAAUUGAGUAAGUUCUUUAAAAUGGUCAGAGAAUUUUUGAAAUUAAGGGCCCCUUACAAUACCUCCACAUGCAGUCUAGUUAAGGUCUGGUUAGGUCUAGCUUAAAAAUAAUGUCAUGGGGCCCCCAAGGAAGAUUUGCCCCGGGCCCCACAAAUUCUCUCGGCGGCCCUGGAGGUUGACAUGUCACUUGCAGACUCUUAUCUUUUUUUGAUAUUUGCCAACUUAACCAGUCCAACUUUUUUAUUAUAGAGAGUUUGUGUCGACAUUUAUCGACUUUCCCAAACCAAUAGUGGCUGCUGUGAAUGGUCCUGCUAUUGGUAUAUCUGUCACUCUACUGGCCUUACUGGAUAUGGUGUACGCCUCAGAUAGAGCUACAUUUCAUACACCAUUCAUGACACUUGGAUUGUGUCCCGAGGCAUGCUCGUCCUAUCUUUUUCCCAAGAUUAUGGGACAUGCAAAGGUAAGGCACAGAUCCCAACCCCCACUGACCUGAAAAUCAGGGAUUUAUACAAGCAUGUAGGGGGAGCACCCUCCACUUCUACCAAUCCCUCCCCCCCCCAGAAAGUUCUUAAUAUUCUCUCUAUGUCUAUGAAAUAACAUUUCCUGCAUUCAUACAGCACUUUUGAGCAAAAUAUAUCGGUUUUAAAACAGGUUUUUAAUCGCGUGUUGAAGAAUAUACAACGAUCAAGUACAUUCUUCCUUUUACAGUUAAUUAUUCACAUUUGCCAUAUUAAUUACUCACAUUUGCCAUGUUAAUUAUUCACAUAUAUAUGACGGAAGAAUAUUGAGUUUCAAAACGUAAUUUGAAGAAUGAGUUCUGAAAAUUGAAAAAAACCCAAAAUACUGGCCCACAACACAAACUGUUUCUGUUUCGUUCAAACUCGUAACCUUUCUAACAUACUAUGGUUGAGACUUUGUAUGUCAAUGUAGAGCAGUCAUAGCAUCGUAAACCCAGUGUACUUUAUAUAACUUUAAUAUCAGCGAUCUCCACCACAAAUUAUUUUCUAGGCUAACGAAGUUUUGCUAGCGGGUAGAAAAUUGAAUGCCGUUGAAGCUUGCAACUGUGGUUUAGUUACAGAAGUAUUUCCUCAAGCAGAAUUCGAGAAAGAAGUGAAUAAAAGAAUGAAACAUUUGACUGGGUUACCUCCCAAGGUAUGUAUAUUCGGUAGAUCCGUUUCGCUGAUCUGGCAAUAUAAAACUACAUAGACGCUUUGCAUUAGGACCCAUAGUUGCAUUUUUCGCAAAUUUCCACGUACAAAAGCUUCAACUAUUAUUCAAUCGAGUGAAACGCCAACAAAAUCUUAAUAUCAAUAUACUCUUUGAUGGACUUCUUUUUUUCAGUCGCUAGCACUAUCGAAACAACUGUGUCGUUCAGCAGAAAAAGACAAACUCCACGAUGUAAAUAAUAAAGAAUGUGAUGUUAUCGCAGAGAGAUCGCGCUCGGAAGAAAGUGCACAAGCUGUCAUAGCGUUUAUGCAAAGAAAGGCAAAAAUGUGA